AUGUCCCUGAACAGAAGCGUCGUCGACUUCGAAUCGUCUACAGUUUCGGGUGAAUACGUCAGCCCCUCAGGCCAUGACCGUGGGGUCGCAGGUGUUCUGGGUAAUGUAGUCAUGAAUGACUCUGUGAACUGCAGCGGUGAGGAGGGCAGAAAUGUGUCGCUCUGUGUGACCUCUGGACCUGUGCAUAAGAACUGGGUAGCACUGUUCAUCCUGCUGGCCAUUGUCGUCACGGUGAUGGGGAACAUCCUGGUCAUCAUGGCAGUGAGUCUGGAGAGGAAGCUGCAGAAUGCCACGAACUACUUCCUGAUGUCGCUGGCCAUAACUGACAUGCUCCUGGGCCUUCUGGUCAUGCCGGUCGCCAUGGUGACGAUUCUUUACAAUUACGACUGGCCCUUCCCGUCUGCUCUGUGUCCAAUCUGGAUUUACCUGGACGUACUGUUCUCCACAUCCUCCAUCAUGCAUCUGUGUGCCAUCUCCUUUGACCGCUACAUUGGCAUACGUCACCCCUUCCAGCACAGCCGUGCCAACUCCCGCGCCCGAACCCGGGUCAAGAUCACGGCGGCGUGGACCAUCUCUGCGGGUAUUUCCAUGCCCGUUCCUGUCCUCGGCCUCCACGACCACUCCAAAGUGUUCCGGGGCUGCAGCUGCCAGCUGACGGACGACAGCUUUGUGCUGGCGGGCUCCUUCGUGGCGUUCUUCGUCCCGCUCAUCAUCAUGCUGGUCACGUACUUCUUGACCGUCAGCAGGCUGCGGCGGCAGGCCACGCUGUGCCUCGAUCGGCUGGCACCGCGUCCCAAGUGGCUGUCUGUGCUAGACUUCCUGCCACACAGCUCCUUCUCCUCCGAGCGCCUGUUCACCCGUGGCUCGCUCUGCCCGGACGCCGUGGUCGCUGCGGCGCCCGUCGCUUCCGGGUCGUUCGGCCGGCGCGCCGCGCAAGCCAUCGGGAACGAGCAGAAGGCCUCCAAGGUCCUCGGCGUGGUCUUCUUCCUGUUCGUGGCCAUGUGGUGCCCGUUUUUCGUCACCAACGUCAUGGCGGUGACGUGCGGCGCCUCCUUGUGUGACCCGGCGCUCAUGGAUUGCCUGCUGAACGUGUUCGUGUGGGUGGGCUACCUCUCGUCCGCCGUCAACCCGCUCGUCUACACGCUCUUCAACAAGACGUACCGCACCGCAUUCGCCCACUACCUGCGCUGCCACUACCAAGAAGAGCAGAAGCCUCUGCAGGCCAUCCUGGUCAACACCAUUCCUCCCCUGGCCUUCACCUCCUCCAAGCUCCCGCAGCAAGGACAGGCGACCUCGCUGAGGUGCUCGGCAGAGGGGAGCACGCUCGCCACCUCCCCCGGAACGAAGCGGCCGAGAUACUCGUGCACACCAGGCACGGGGGGAGCAGACGAGAGUGUGAGUUACAUGUAA